AUGGCUCCCCCUGAUUCCACCCACGGCGGAAGCUUCAGGGACCACCUCAAAACCAACGACCGGAGCUCAACAUCCAAGGGAAAACAACGCUACGCACCCCUCCACGAAGCCAUCCCCGAAGAAAUCUCCUCCUUCCGCUCCCCCUCCGAAUAUGCCGAUGCCGACACUGACUCGGACUCCGACCACGAGAACUCAGGCUCCUACCAGCUUCGCCCGGUCGACCGCUACGGCUCCCACCAUUCUUCCGCAUUCAUCCCCGUCAUCCGCGACGAUGGCGGCGUCGAGACGUACCUCGACAGCAUCACGGAAGCAGAGCAGGAGCUCCUCUCCGCGUCGAAACAGUAUGAUCUCUUCGAUGACGAUGACUCGGACGAUCUCGACUCCGAUGAGGAGGCCACACUCAGAUACAAGUUGAAGGAUAGGCUGAAGCGGCGGCGCGCGAGGCUCCAGGCGUGGCCGCCGGUUAAGUAUGCUCGGAUCUGGUGGCGGACGCUGCUCGCUGUCAUUGUUACGUUGGCGGUGGUGGUGUGGGGGUUUUUGAGCUUUGCGGUGUCGCAUAGGGAGGAGCCGAAGGUUUGGCCGAUGGUACCAUCUGAUUCGUGGUUUCCGUCACCAAAAGGAGGGACGCUCAAGCAUUGGGAGGAGAGUUAUAAGAAGGCGCAGAGCUUGGUCCGGAAUAUGACGCUCGUCGAAAAGGUCAAUAUCACAACUGGAAUUGGCUGGCAGAUGGGACUGUGUGUUGGAAACACUGGAUUACGAUUUGCGGACCAUGUGUCUGCCUUUCCGGCGGGUAUUACAACGGGGUCUACGUGGAACCGGGAGCUCAUGCGCGAGCGCGGCGUCGCCAUGGGGCGAGAGGCUCGGUUGAAAGGUGUGAAUGUCCUACUGGGCCCGUCGAUGGGACCCCUGGGAAUGAUGCCUGCGGGAGGGCGCAACUGGGAAGGGUUCGGCUCUGACCCUGUGCUUCAAGCUGUGGCUGCAGCGGAAACCAUCCGGGGUAUUCAGAGCAAUGGAGUCAUGGCGACGGCGAAGCAUUUUGUGAUGAAUGAGCAGGAACAUUUCCGGCAGCCCUUUGAGUGGGGGAUUCCGACCGCUUUAUCGUCCAACGUGGGCGACCGUGCCCUGCACGAAGUCUUUGCAUGGCCGUUUGCCGAGAGCAUUCGAGCCGACGUGGCUAGCGUGAUGUGCUCUUAUCAAAUGGUGAACAACAGCCACGCCUGUGAAAAUAGCAAACUCUUGAACGGGAUCCUCAAGGAUGAACUGGGGUUUCAAGGGUUCGUGCAGUCCGACUGGCUGGCCCAGCGGUCUGGCAUCAACAGCGUCCUUGGGGGCCUCGACAUGAGCAUGCCGGGAGACGGUCUGCAUUGGGUGGACGGCAAGUCUCUCUGGGGCAGUGAAUUGACAAGAGCAGUGCUCAACACGUCCGUUCCCGUGGAGCGACUCAACGACAUGGUCACUCGAAUUGUGGCUGCGUGGUAUCAUUUGGGGCAGGAUACCUGGGAACGUCCGCCGCCGGAAGGCAACGGCGGCCCUAAUUUUUCUUCAUGGACCAACGACAAGGUGGGGUGGCUACAUACGGGAAGCAACGACGGGUCUUAUGCUGUGGUGAACCACUACGUUGACGCCCAGGGCACCGGACCAGAGGCACAUAGCAUCAUUGCGAGAAAAGUUGCGGCGGAAGGGACAGUGCUGCUGAAGAACGUAGAUCGCACACUUCCGCUGUCGCGCAACGCCUCAAGUCCAUCCGGCGGCAUUCUCCGCGUUGGUAUCUAUGGUGACGACGCCGGACCGGCGUCGGGGCCAAAUGCUUGCCCUGACCGGGGAUGCAACCAGGGCACCCUGGCUACCGGCUGGGGCAGUGGAACCGUGGAGUUUCCGUACCUUGUCAGCCCUAUCGAGGCGUUGGAAUCUGCAUGGUCGACGGAAAUAGAGAGCACCGCGUACCUGCGCAACGCCGUCAUGCCAGCGGACGCGGUUGACAAAGAUUUGUGCCUCGUCUUUGUGAAUGCAGACUCAGGGGAGGGUUAUAUUUCCGCAGGCGGAAUUCACGGCGACCGAAACGAUCUCUUUCUGCAGAAAGGAGGCGAUACCCUGGUCCGUACCGUGGCCAGCAACUGCGGAGGCGGACAGGGGAAGACCGUGAUUGUCAUUCACGCGGUCGGUCCGGUCGUGAUGGAGUCGUGGAUUGAUCUCCCUGGCGUGCACGCCGUCCUGCUUUCCAACCUGCCCGGACAGGAGAGUGGGAAUGCAUUAAUGGACGUGCUGUUUGGCGAGGUGGAUGCCAGUGGACGGUUGCCGUACACAAUUGGGAAGAGUCUGGAGGACUAUGGGCCAGGCGCGCAGGUCUUAUACGAGCCCAAUGCACCGGUGCCGCAGGCAGACUUUUUGGACGCUCUGUACAUCGAUUACCGGCAUUUUGACCGGUAUAACAUCACGCCGCGCUUCGAAUUCGGGUUCGGGCUGUCGUAUACCACAUUUGAACUGUCGGAUCUCAGCAUCAGCCCGCUGCAGAGAAAAUCGCGUUCUCCACCCCCACGGCCUGCAGACGCCGUGGCUCCACCCGUGUACGAUACCAGCCUUCCGGAUCCUGCAUCGGCCUUAUUCCCGACUGGUUUCCAGCCAAUCUUCAAGUACAUCUAUCCCUACCUUUCGAAUCUUGACGGGACGGCGCCGCGCAACUAUUCAUUCUACCCCAAGGGUUACAACGAGACACAAAGUCCCUCGCCGGCCGGGGGCGGAGCAGGUGGCCAUCCCGCGCUAUACGAGGAGAUGGUAAGCGUAAAGCUUCAGGUGAGCAAUACCGGGGAUCGGAAAGGACAGGAAGUUGUCCAGCUCUAUGUAUCCUUUCCGCCCGAUGUGACCGAGGAGGGCGACUGGGUGGAGGUGGACUCUGACGCAGACAAGACCGGGGAGAAACAGAGGGAGCGGAUGAAAAUCGAGUUUCCUGAGCGGGUUCUGCGGAACUUCACCAAGAUCGAGCUGGAGCCUAGUGAGCGACGCGAGGUGCAGAUGACGCUCAGCCGGAAAGAUCUGAGCUACUGGAGCACGCGCGAGCAAAACUGGGUGAUGCCCGAGGGCAAAUUCCAGAUCUGGGUGGGACGCAGUUCUCGCGAUCUGCCAUUGAUGGGGGAGUAUUGA